UUAAGUAUUAAGUGAUGAAUGCUGUCGUGUAUGCCGAUUGAUCAAGGUUUUUUUUAUUAUUUAUGUUUAAUGACGAAAAAAUUUAAUUGACCAUGAAAACGAAGUGUUCGUGAGUAAAACGACCCCUCUUCUACUAGUCACGUCAUUCGUGUAUAGUUGGAAACUAGCCAUGUCGUUUAAAUAAAAAUAAAAUAUACUAUUGAAGUAAAAUUACUGAAACAAUGUCGGGAUAUAAUGCACAGGAAGAAGCAGAAGCCGAUAGAGUUCUAAUGGUGAAAAAGAUAUUGAGUGCUGCAUUUUAUGCAUUAGCUUCGUUUAUGAUAACGGUAGUGAAUAAGACAGUAUUAACAUCUUAUGCAUUUCCUUCCUACCAAGUGUUAGGCUUAGGUCAAAUGUUGGCAACGAUAUUGGUGUUAUGGUUCAGCCGGUACAUGAAAAUGCUUCAGUUUCCACCAUUAGAUAGUAGUGUUGCACGACGUAUUUGGCCACUACCACUAAUCUAUAUGGGAAAUAUGGCUACAGGAUUAGGGGGCACGAAGGAACUCAGCCUUCCUAUGUUCACAGCAUUGAGACGUUUUAGUAUUCUUAUGACAAUGAUUGGUGAAAGAUUUGUUCUUGGAAUUAGAGCAUCUUGGCCUGUUCAGGCUAGUGUACUAGCAAUGGUUGGAGGAGCACUCCUUGCAGCUGCUGAUGAUGUCACGUUCUCCUGGACUGGCUACACUUUAGUGCUACUAAAUGAUGGAUUUACAGCCGCAAAUGGUGUUUACAUGAAAAAGAAAUUAGAUUCGAAGGAGCUUGGCAAGUAUGGACUGAUGUUUUAUAAUGCUCUGUUUAUGAUUGUACCAGCUACCAUAGUUGCUUGGUGUACAGGUGAUCUAGAAAGUUCAGCAGCUUAUCCUCAUUGGUCAGAUAUGUUGUUCUUAGCUCAAUUCCUAAUGUCAUGUGUUAUGGGUUUUGUGUUAUCUUACAGUGUAAUGUUGUGUACUCAAUACAAUAGUGCCUUAACUACGACCAUUAUUGGUUGCUUAAAAAAUAUAUUGGUAACUUAUUUAGGUAUGAUAAUAGGUGGAGAUUAUGUAUAUUCAUGGCUAAACUUUGUCGGCUUGAAUAUAAGUGUACUGGCCAGCUUGGGUUAUACCUAUGUCACAUUUAAGCGUAAACCAGCCAAUUAUAUCUUACUGAAUGAACAAAGCAAUAAAAUUGAUACUGUAUAG